UACGUUUCGGCCGCGUCGCCUUCAGUUGUACUUCUAGAGCGUUCCUCGUGUCUCGGCUCCACUGCAUCGUCAGAGGCGCCUCCGAUUGCAGAGCUCAACCAGAACUCAUUGUCAUUCAUCGUUAGUUUUCUGUGUGCGAUUCUGUGUGCGUGUCGUGUGUCGCCUGUUGUGUGCGUGUGUGCGUAAAGUGUCCGCGGCGGUAGUUUUCCACCGGACACCACAGAAUUCUAGCAUUUAACAUUGCCUGUGAUUGAGGCACGCUCGUGAUUCAGGAAGAGCGGAACCCGUCAACAAGGCGAAUCAUUUAAAGCACUUCCUCGAGCAUCUCCUGUUCCUGUGCGCCGUUUAUCAGCCAUGAAGCAUUCGCCGCUGAUUGCCAGCGCUUGUCUGGCAUUGGUGUUGAUUUCAUCCAGCCUGAUUGGCAGCUCUGAGGCCAAAAAGAAGAAGUAUGUCGGCGAAACGGGCGGUGAUUUUGAGUUUAUCGAUGAGAUUAACAAAAACACGCAGAACAAGAAUUUGGGCGAACACAAGCGCUGGAUCCAUGAUCCCUCAAGUGACCUUUGCCGACCGCUGAACUGCAAGAAGCGUGAGAUUUGCCUGCUGGAGGACGAGUACAGCGCCGUGUGCGUGUCGAAGAAGGAGCUGCACAAGAACCGGGAUGAGAUAAUCACCAAGGCCAAGUACUUGGAGGAGGAGGCCAAGCGGCGCGUCAAUCAGCAGGAUAACCAGGACAGCCAGGACGCCGAGGACCUUACCAAUGAUGAUGAGGACAACAGCAACGAUAGCAGCACCAGCAACAAUGCCCCAACCAAUGUCCAGGCCAACGAAGAGAGCGACGACGAGGACAAGAGCCUGAGCCUGGGCGACGACGACGAGUCCAAGGAGGAUGAUGUCUUCUACGAAAACAACAUUGCCGGCGGCGAUAAGCAGCAACAGCAACAGCAGCAGCAGCAGCAACAACAGCAGCAACAGCAGCAGAUUCCACCAGCAGGAGGAGCACCAACCGCCAUUCAGCAGGACGAUGAUGAGGAAUUGGACAACUGCAAGCCGUGUCCUGUGGCCAAGCCGACGUUCCUGUGUGGCGCCGACAACAGGACCUACUCAUCACUAUGCAGAUUGGAUUAUCACAAUUGCAUACAUUCGACAACCAUACGGAUCGCCUGCAAGGGAUUCUGUCCCUGCAAGGAGAAUGUCGAUGGAAAGCGGCUGCAGCGCAUCGCCGGCUACAACAAGUACAACAAGAAGAUCAGCCUCGAGCAGCAGCAGCAACAGCAGCAACAGCAACAACAGCAGCAGCAGCAGCAGGCCUACAAGGACAGCAGCAACAACAACAUCAUGAUGAACAGCGGCAACAUCAUGGGUGGCAACACCAACGACUUCAACACGAUCAUGAAUGACAAGGAGGAUAACAACCGGCACUACAACCACAUCAAUGCGCAGUACACCUUCACGCCCGAGGAGAUCAAGUACGACAACAAGCACUACAAGUAUCUGAAGUACACGGCCUACAAGAAGGAUGCCAAGUACCAGGAGGACAAGCACAAGAUGCGCAACUACAACGAGGUGGUGGAGAAGCAGCAGCAAAAGUUCAACAAGAAUAGCAAUUUGAAUGCAGGAUAUCCCUCGAAAUCGGCCGAAUGCAAGCCGCAGCAAUUGACCGCCAUUGGCAACCGUCUGCUCGACUGGUUCUCCGUGAUCAUGGCCGACAGCAAGAAGCGCCGUCAGCACAGCCAGAAGUCCAAGGCCCACUUCCCGCCCGCCUGCAAGACGGAGGCCAAGUGGAUGUUCGGCCAUCUGGAUCUGAACAACGACGGGCUGCUGUCGCUGCAGGAGAUGUACGACCUGGAGCACGACCAGAACGAGCGUUGCAUCAAGCCCUUCAUUGACACCUGCGACCUGGACACGGACAGUGCGAUCAACACACGGGAAUGGUGCCGCUGCUUCGAGAAGACCGAUCGCCCAUGCGCUGCGGUGCGACGAAGAAUCGCCGGCGACUUUGCAGGUGAGAUAGGCGCCUACGCCCCAGACUGCGACAUCCAGGGAUUCUACAAGCCCACCCAGUGCCACAAUUCGGUGGGGGUCUGCUGGUGCGUGGACAAGCACGGAGUGGAGUUCGCCAACACCCGCACACGCGGCAAGCCCAACUGCGAGUCCGUGGUUAAUAACGCCGCAUCACUCACUUCCGAUGACGAGGAUGAAGGCGCCGACGACGAAGACAGCGCGGAGGGCAGCGCCGAUCAGAUGCUGGUCUUCUAAGCGACCCCGGAGGAUGGAGGAUGGAACCCGGCUGGGGAUAUUGAUAGCCCUGGGCCCUGGCGCAGCCAAUCAGCGAAGCGCCAUUGGGCCGCCAGCGUUAUAAAAGAAAAUUAAUAUUAUUAUUAUUACUAUUAUGAAAGCAAACAAACCGAAAAUGGAAGUAAGAAAAAAAAAACGAAGCAAAAUCAACAGCAAAAGCGAAAAGCGAAAACCCAAACCCAAAAACCGAAACCGAAACAUAAAUGUGCAGUAGCCAAGUAAGCGUUUUUGAAUAGAAACUACGUAAUAGCAAACAGCAGAAAAACCACUCACACAUACAUAUACCACGAGCCACACACACACCCACACUCGCUGGAUAAAAUGAAGGAAUUACUACAUCAUCGGACAGCCGCAAGAGCAACCGCAAGGAAGGUGCAUGCGGAGCAAAACCAAAGAAAAACUGUGGCAUAGUUGGGGGCGCAUUGCACGCAAAUCGUAGUAGCCACCCCCAAACCCCCCGUUUGCCCCCUAUACACACACACAAACACCACACACACAGCAUCCAUCCAUCCGCCCAAACAAUUUGUUCAACCAAUCAGCAGCACUAGGAAGCCCCAUUUUUCCCUUUUCGUUACCACGUAUCAGGGCCGUUUGUACGGAUGGUUGAACGGCCAUUUUACUUGCUACCGUUAUCGCAAGCAAAUCCGUCUACUUUAGCCUUUUGAGACAAGUUAAGAUGCAUUAGAUAUAUACAAUUAUUGGCCGCCCUCCCCCGCCCACAUCUGUCCUACUCUGCUUUCGCGCAAGCCAAAACACGACACACGCUAAGAAUUCCGCCCAAAACAAAACAAAACAAAACAAAAAAUAUAUAAAAAUUUAUGUGAUAAGUUUUUGAAAAAUGAAGCAUUGAAGCAGCAGUUUAUAUGUACAUGAACAAUGACGACUACCGGACAGUGGCGGUCUGAAUCGGAAUCGGAAGCAUAAUGGCAAGCCCGACCCAAUCGGUGUUGCGGAUUCAGAGUCAACGCGUGGCCAAAGAGUAGUUUGUGUAGUACUUAGUGUGGAGCCGAACUCAUGACGCGUUCACUUAGUGUUACUUCCCCAGAUAUAUAGUGAGAGAAUGCCGAGAAUGCUAGGGCAAUGGCUUGAGGCUUUUGGGCAACAGCAACUGCAACGGCAAUAGCAUUGGCAUUGCUUUGUUAAGAAACAAAAUAAUAAUCAUUUGUGUCAGCACCUGCCAGGGCAAAACGUAGCACUUGCUUCUAUCUUAACCGAGUCUCAGUAAGACACCAGACACACACAGAUACACACCCACACGCGAACACACGAAAACAUUUGUAUUUUGGGCAAAACUUAAACUGCAACCGAUUUCCGGUAGAGCAAUGAAAUUUACCACACACACACAUAAAAACACAACCCAUACGAAUAAAUAAUAUAUAAAACAUAAGCGUACGUGAAGGAGGAUAGGACGAAGGAUUCAGCAACAGCUUACACAUGCAUAUACAAAUAAAUAUAUAAUAUGUUUAAUAUGUAAGUAUAUAAGUGGCAUAAUUAAGUGGCAGCAACAGCAGAUCGACAAGACGUAGUUCAUCCUUAAUUUAUUUUUAAUCAACCUUUUUUCAAUAUAUUCUCGAAGACAGUCAGAGAUGAAUCAGAGGAGAAUCAAUGUUUUUAACAUGUUUAUGAGCGAAUAUGAUAAAUAUAAAGAAAUGCUUGCAACCAAAACGAAAUUAUAUAGCCAAUUGUAGUAAACGAAAAACAAAAACAAAAACAACCAAUGCAUAUGAAUAAACUUUUUAAUUAUAGCAAAAAUGUACGAGUACGUGUACGAUUAUAACCAACUAACAGAAAACAUUAUAAAACAAUCAUUUUGAGAUCCAGCGAAAGCGCGGAGAUGAAUCUGUUUUCGGCUGCAUUUAAAACAAAAAACUAAAAAAAAAACAAAAACAAACUAAAAAAAUUAUUGUAUGUGUGGUGAACACCCUAUAAACUGACUAUGUACUACGAUUACGAUUGUAUUUAUGUAUGUAUUUAUGUACUUGUGUAUUAUUAUGCAAAUUGCAUUAAUUCUAGAGAGCCCAAGGGGAAGCCACAACCGAAAACGAUAAUGCGAAACCGAAAACACACAAACACAUAAAACCGGAAUACCCCCAUUUGCAGACCCUUGGCACCCCAACCUGCACUCGAUAUAAACUGUAUUUAAAUAUGAUUUCCUAGCGCCCUAUAUUUACAAUAUUUUAAUCCACGCAACGCAACGCAACGCAAAAGCCAACCCACAAAACAGGAAAUAAUUUGCAAUUUUGAAACCAUUACUAAAUACGUACGUAAAACAUAUUUGUUUCGAUUCGAUAGCAGAGGUUUUCGUUUUAACUAACUACGAUAUCGUUUAUACUUUGUAUGUGGAAUGAUGAUGAAACCAAUAAAUAUUAUUUAAUGCAAUUUAA